CUCCUUCCCUCCUUCAUCCGGGUCCUGGGCGAGCGGGCGCCUUGCGCGUGUCCCGCUGCGGAGCUGCUAAUAAAGUUGCGCUGAGGAGAAGCGCCGCGACGGCGCCGGGAGAGCGCGCGCCGCCGGCCCGGCUUGAACCAAUGAAAGAAACUUAUGGCACUUAUGAAGAUAAAUGUCACUCCUUCCUUUUAAAUUGCAACUUUUGCUUAGGGCCUGUAUAUGACUUUCCACCUGUGAUCUGUAUGUUCAGUAGACACUGACUUUGAAUUGCAGAAAGGUUUCUGAAGAUUUAAAUCAAAUGACGUCAAUGGCCAGCUUGUUUUCUUUUACUAGUCCAGCAGUAAAACGAUUGUUGGGCUGGAAGCAAGGUGAUGAAGAGGAGAAAUGGGCAGAAAAGGCAGUCGAUGCUUUGGUGAAAAAACUAAAAAAGAAAAAAGGUGCCAUGGAGGAACUGGAGAAAGCCUUGAGCAGUCCAGGACAGCCAAGCAAAUGUGUCACUAUCCCCAGAUCUUUAGAUGGACGCCUGCAGGUUUCUCACAGAAAAGGCUUACCCCAUGUUAUAUACUGUCGUGUUUGGCGCUGGCCUGAUCUGCAGAGUCAUCAUGAGCUAAAGCCAUUGGAUAUUUGUGAAUUUCCUUUUGGAUCUAAGCAAAAAGAAGUUUGUAUCAACCCAUACCACUAUAAGAGAGUGGAGAGUCCAGUCUUACCUCCAGUGUUAGUGCCUCGUCAUAAUGAAUUCAAUCCACAACACAGCCUUCUGGUUCAGUUUAGAAACUUAAGCCACAAUGAACCGCACAUGCCACAAAAUGCAACGUUUCCUGAUUCUUUCCAUCAGCCCAACAACACUCCUUUUCCCUUAUCUCCAAAUAGUCCCUACCCUCCUUCCCCUGCUAGCAGCACAUAUCCCAACUCCCCAGCAAGUUCUGGACCAGGAAGUCCAUUUCAGCUCCCAGCUGAUACUCCUCCUCCUGCCUAUAUGCCACCAGAUGAUCAGAUGGGUCAAGAUAAUUCCCAGCCCAUGGAUACAAGCAAUAAUAUGAUUCCUCAGAUUAUGCCCAGUAUAUCCAGCAGAGAUGUUCAGCCUGUCGCCUAUGAAGAGCCCAAACAUUGGUGUUCAAUUGUCUAUUAUGAAUUAAACAAUCGUGUUGGGGAAGCUUUUCAUGCAUCUUCUACUAGUGUGUUAGUAGAUGGAUUCACAGAUCCUUCGAAUAACAAAAGUAGAUUCUGCUUGGGAUUGUUGUCAAAUGUUAAUCGUAAUUCAACAAUUGAAAACACUAGGCGACAUAUCGGAAAAGGUGUUCAUCUGUACUAUGUUGGUGGAGAGGUAUAUGCAGAGUGCCUCAGUGACAGCAGCAUAUUUGUUCAGAGUAGGAACUGCAACUUUCAUCAUGGCUUUCAUCCUACCACUGUCUGUAAGAUUCCCAGCAGCUGCAGCCUCAAAAUUUUUAACAAUCAGGAGUUUGCUCAGCUUCUGGCUCAGUCUGUCAACCAUGGAUUUGAGGCAGUAUAUGAGCUCACCAAAAUGUGUACCAUUCGAAUGAGUUUUGUCAAGGGCUGGGGAGCAGAGUAUCACCGGCAAGAUGUUACCAGCACCCCAUGUUGGAUUGAGAUUCAUCUUCAUGGGCCUCUUCAGUGGCUAGAUAAAGUCCUCACUCAGAUGGGCUCCCCCCUAAACCCCAUUUCUUCUGUUUCAUAGUGCAGAACUAUUCUUUCUCAGUUAUAUUAUUAGUGGACUUAUUUUAAUUUUAGGGAAACUUCCAGUACAGAUACUGUGAGCUUACAUGGAAAACAGAUUUUACAGCUUAUUCUUUUUCUACAUAAUUGUGACCAAUACAUUUGUUUUUAUGAUGAAUCAACAUUUGUUUGUAUUCAUGUUCAUGUGAUUAACUCUCAAAAGUGUUGUGAAAGGUGCAGAGUAAGUAUUGUGCCCCGGUUCAAAAGUUUGGCAUUGAUCUUAAACUGGAACAUACUUUUGCCUUAUUGUCCCAACAGUUUUUUUAUUUGUGAAAUUUUUUUUGGAAAAGUAAUGCAUCACAUGAUAAAGAAUUUUAAUAGUAUAAGAGGGUGUCCAAUGAAAGUCUUCUGUUUUAGCCUUGAUUCUGAAGAACUGUGCUUUUACCAGUUUCUUAGUCCCACCAACUUUAAAAAAGUAUAUAUCAUUGUUUUAUAAAAGCAUAUGGUAGGGACUUAAAAGAAACUAUAAAAAAUCUUUUAUUUGAAGGAACACUAUGCACUGCUCUAACAAGUAGUGUUCAAUAAAAGCCGAGUGAUAAUUUUCUAAAUGACAUCAUAAAAUUUACAUUUAAUACAGCUAAAUGUCGUCAGUGUGUUGUGACUCCACUCAGUAUAUCUUUUGUAAAACUUUUCCUUUUUUAAAAAAAGUUACUGCGAACAGCAGAUCUCCAUUAUAUGUCAUUUACUCACGUCGGUUGUGAGUUCUGCUUCAUAGCUGGUGACAGUGCGCGCAUGGCCUUGUUCAGCUGUGUUUGCUGCUUUUGGCCAACAUUGCAAGAACUCUAAUUUUGACAUGCAUUAAUCUUUUAUUUUGCACUUUGAUGGGUGACAGUUUUUAGUGUAACCUUUGUGAAACACACUCUAGUGACUUGGACUUAAAUGCUCAUCCUUGCUUCCUUGGUACCCCUUUUGUAUUAAACACUGCAAUUUAUAGAUUACAGUUAUAGAAAGUUAUUCUUUUUCUAGCUUUUGUUGUAUUUUCAACCUAGAUUAUUAGACUGUUAUCCUGUAGCUCCAAUUUAAGGUUUCUUUUUAAUUCCCUGCAGUUUUAUGGAUGAUAUUAAUAUUGGAAAAUCUACUUAAUCCCAUUGCUGUUAACUUACAUCAGUCUCCCAUGCAGGAACCUGUGUCUUAUAACCAUAGGAGCCUCUUCAGUCUGGCCCCAACAAUGAGGCCACCUAUCUGAUGUAUGAAUCAGUCAGCAGUGGUUAUUGAGCUAGCUGGUUUGAAAACAUUCACAUAUCAAAGAAUACAGACUGUUCUCUCAGUUACCAUGCAUGCUCUUCCAUUUUUUUAAGAACCUAUGUGGAUGCUAGUCUCAACAAUCCUUAGGGAGGAAAGACACAAAAACUCUAAAAUAUUCUUUUAAUCAGCCAUACGUAAGGGCUUUGAGUGAAGGACUCAUAACCUCUUUUCCUAAGAAACAGUACAGUGGACACUUAGUUAUGGCAUGAAGAACAAAGAUGUUACUUUGGGGGGGAAAAUCACCUAAUUUACUUACUAGAAGAAGCUUAUUUUCCAGUGUCUUUUAAAAAUACAUGGAGCCAUGUCCAUCUUCUUUUUAAAAUGUUAGUUUCAUUAGACUUUCUUCUUUGCCCUUUCUGCUUUUAUGAGGAAAAAAAUGCAUUUUUGAGGAAAGGAGAAUGCAGUUUUUUGUUUUCCAUAACAUUAUUUACUGCUUUUAUAAAGUGCAGCCAACGGAUGGUUUUAGUUUUAUCAGAUGCAGUGCCAUUCAUGUUUCAGCUCUCAGUCCUUUGCUAAGUGAAAAUCUCUUGACAGUAACCUGAGCCUUAAACAUCAGUUUUAUACGACGUGCAUUCUCAGUCUUCCAGAACUGUGUCAGCCACACAAAAGAGGAUUAUUUGCUUAGUGAUAGAACUUAGCCAUUUACAUCAUUGUAAACUUAGCCAGGUUCAUGGCACAAUCUUUGAAACACAUUUGUAGAAAAACCACCUAGAGUGACUGGCAUAUGCAUGUAAUCAGCAUCAGUGGGCCUGAACUGAUGGAAACUGUUGUUUUUAUUGAUGCUUUCAACUGAGUUAAUUAAAAAUUGUUUUUAUUCAUAUAGCAGCCUUUAGAGUUAGCAAGAUUUUAUGUGAUUGGCUUUUUCUGUGUUUUCUCUAAGGCGUUGUGUCUCAUGAAUGACAGUACUGAAGCUAUUAACUGAUAAGAGUUUCAUGGAAAAGUAUCAGCCUGUUGUAUUUCCUAAAAGCUGUUAACUCCACACCCCUGGGUUUUACAUGAAAACUUCAUUCAGUCCAGCUGAUCCUGUAAUUCUUGAGGAUGCUCAGUACAGGAAUGGAUGGAAAAUAAAAAUUAGCCAGUGAGAUUAAAAAAACUAAAAUUUUACCAAUGAGAAAAGUACCUCUGAAAGAAACCAUUUCAUAAAAUUACAAUUUUAAGUUUUUAUUUAAUCUCCAGAAUGGUUUAUAGUCAAAUUUAUGAAAGCAUCAUCACACCCAGAAUAAUCUUAUUUUAUAGCAUUACAACAUAUAAAUAUAUGCCAACUGAAAAGACAGAGUCUGGGGAUAAUAAAACUACAACCAGUUUGGUAAAUGCAAAAAAGAGGAAUAGAAUCAAAAUUAAUCUCAGUAAUGUAUUAAAGCAACAAAAAUAUACUGACUGGAAAAAAAACGACAGAAUUAAGAGGUGCAUUUGACUACUAUAUCUCUACAUAAUUACCUGGCUUAAGUUAUGGAAUAUAAACUAGUAGGCAUGUUAUUGAUCUACUGAAGUGAACUGCUUUUCUUUAGAGAAAAUUUAAAACAUCGAUCUAAAUGUCAAAUGUUUACAACAGAGUAUAAAUCAUUUUUUCCAUUCUCUUGUUAUGUAAGUAAACUAUGAUAAUAGAAUUGGCUGGGUUUCUGAGGUGAAAUCCACAGUAAGAUUACUAGAUAGUUCAGUAAGUUAUACCUAACAGUAUGAAAAGAGAGUAUAGCUAUUUUAUACUUUUCAUAACAUUUGAGAGGAAGACAUUCUUUUAGGAUGGAAAAUGAUCAGUAAGUAUUUAGAUCUGAAGUCUCUUGUCAAGAUAAGGACUGGGGCUCACAUUAUGUAACCUUCAGUAUUAUCUUAGAGUACCUGGAAGAAACAGUUCCCCUGUCAUAGUGUUCUUUUAAAGGAGAAAGUUUAUGCAAAAGUGAAAUCAUGCCAGUAACAGAGAACCUCUAAAUUCAAGUUUGAUAGUACCUGUUUGAGUGUUGUACUUGCGUUGCAGAGAGCAUCUAAUAUUCCGGUUUAGAUCCAUUUCUUUAUACUUUGUCUGGUUGCUUGCUUAAUGUUACUUUAGGCCAUUAUAACUCUCCCACUUAAAAUAUAUUAAUAUCUUGUAUAUUUUCUGAAGAACGAAACAUCUUUUUAUAAUUGUUAAAUUUAACUUCUAGUGAUAAUUAAAAUUUUGGACCUACUAACUUAGAAGAGGCUCAGAGCUUUUCCUUAUCUUAUUAUAAUAGAUUCUUACUUAAAUCUCUCUGGUAGGAAUUAUGAAUGUGUCCUCGUUAUAACCCAUCAAAUAAGCAAGAAUCUUUUAAGAUAGUAGACAGCCUGAUGGUUUUAGAAGUUUUUGGUGAUUUUUAUUGGCGGGAGUUUUCCUAAGUAUUGGUUUAUGGACAUUUCUUCAGAUACUAGCACAGCAUUUCUUGGGUGGUAAUCUCGGGUUUGAUGCCUGUCUCCCUAAGAGAGUAGCAUUUUCCUCACUAACACAGGUGGGACCCUGAGGAGGUUUUCUUCUCAUAGAAGAUGCAUGUGUGGAGAGAGAAUCUGAGGCAUUUCUUCUGCGUAAACAGUUCUACCUGCUAAACGGAAAGGUGGACAGUUCUUUGCAGUUCACUGGAUUACAGUUUAGCAUGUCCUAAUUACAAGAGGUAAGAGUAUUUGUCAAGCCUUUGUUAUAUUGGAUUUUUCAUAAUAGAAACUUCUCUUUUAAAAUGAAUUAUUGUAAUUGAAGUGUUACUUUAAAAUUGGAUGAUUUACAGAAACCAGUGAGAAGGAUUAAGUAUCAAUUUUUUUUUUUUUUUUAAAGAAGAGCUUAUGCUGUAAUAUUUGCUGGUAGUAAUUGCUGUAAAACAAGUGAUGAGUUGUUUUACUGAAAAGAUCCAGGCUCAGAGCAGGAUUCUUCUGUUACUUAUGACAGAGUGAAAAAGGUCUGUUUGGUUCUCAUCCAAAUAAUUCAGUUCUUAAAAUUCUUAAAAUUUUAAAUUGUUGUAAACCAUGGUCCUUUAAGGAUUCAUUUGAGGAUACUGUUUUUUAAAAGUUUGAAUUUUUGUGUAGAGGUAGUUUUUUUUGUUUGUUUUUACCCCAUCGAUAGAUAGUGCCUUCUUAAUACUAGCUGGUGUUAGCUAUAACAAAACUCCAGUGAGGCCAAACAAUCCCAAAUAAAGAAGAAAUCUUUUAUUAGAGUCAGAAAUCUUUUAUGAUAGUCUAAUACCAUUGAAGAUGAUGUUGCUUUGAUUUAUUCAUAAAGUAUUUUAACUGUAGGGACUCUUGAAGAUAAUAGUUGGGCAGGUGCUUUUCUUUUCAACAUGGUUGGUUAAAGUUGCAUUUUGAAAAUCGCUUAUAUUAAAAUUGAGUAGGAUUGUAAUCAUGAGAAGUGGGUAUAUAUAUAUGUAAUCCUGCCAGUGUUCUCUUAAAAAGAUACUUCAUAUGAGGAUAAUAAAGACCAAACCAAUGGCUGCACUAUAGGUCUGCUUCUUACUUGUCCUUGUUCUCCUUCUGUUUAUGUUGUAGAAAAUGAAAUUAUAGCAACAUGCUUCAAUUCUGUUAUCAUUUUGAUACUUAAAAAUAUGUAUUAGGUUUUACUAUAUUGCGCUUUUCAAAGCCAUAACUCUUUUAAGAACUUUGUUUUUGCAUAUUGUUUGCUAAUACUUUAUUUUAAUAAAUCUCAAAAUCUG